AUGGAGUGCUCGCUUGUAAGGUAUUGUCUAUCUCGAGUUUUUCCUGGUGUUGGUUUGAAUGGCUGGUUGAGUUUUAGUGGCUGGUUUGAGGACUUUUCUAAGGGGCAUACAAUUGAUAUUAUAGCUAAAGUAGCUAUGGUUAGUUGGGCCAUAUGGAGGGCUAGAAAUGAGUUGGUGUGGAAUGAGAAGACUUCUAGUGUGGGAGUCGUGGUUGUAGUGGCAAUUACUCAUCUUGACAACUGGUUAGCUGCUAAAAAUAAGGAGUUGUCUGAUCCGAGAGCAUCAUUAUUUGAUGCACAUGAGAUUGAGCGUUGGGCGAAGCCUCUUGAAAAUGUUGUGAAGAUUAAUUGUGAUGCAGCUGUAUUUUCUGUUGAUGUGAAGUAUGGAAUUGGGUGGUUAGCUCAGGAUUUUGAGGGGAGUUUGGUUGAGGCAACUGUUGUGUGUGUUAGAAAAAAUCAGUAA